AUGACAAAUAAACUCGGACUACACGAUUUGGAUGUCAAUGGCAAGCGGGUCUUAGUGCGCGUUGAUUUUAAUGUGCCGAUGGAUGGGAAGCAAAUCGCCGAUGAUACACGUAUCCGUGCGGCCCUUCCGACAAUUUUAGAGCUUAUCCGGGGCGGCGCAAAAAUUAUCUUGGUCACGCAUCUCGGACGCCCCAAAGGCUUCGAUCCUAAUUUUUCCACAGAGCCGCUCGCGGUAGCAGUCAGCAAGCUGCUGGGCCAACGGGUCAAGUAUAUAGUUGAUUGCAUCGGGGUAGAGGUUGAAGGUAUUGUUUCGGAACUCCGCGCGGGUGAUGUCCUGCUACUCGAAAAUAUCCGCUUCUACGAAGAAGAGACGAAAAACGAUUCGGAAUUUGCCCAAACACUUGCAUCCCUUGCAGAUCUUUAUAUCAACGAUGCUUUUGGUGCAGCACACCGUGCCCAUGCUUCAACCGAAGGGGUAACGCACUAUUUCGAUCAGUGUGCCGCAGGAUUGCUGAUGGAACAGGAAAUUGAGCACCUCAACAAAAUGCUUCACGAUCCGGAGCGUCCUUUUGUUGCGAUUCUUGGUGGUGCAAAGAUUUCGGACAAAAUUGGCGUGAUUGAGAACUUGCUCGACAAGGUGGAUCAACUCAUCAUUGGCGGCGGCAUGGCAUAUACGUUCCUCAAAGCAAAAGGGUUGUCAGUUGGGGAUUCAAUUGUGGAGGUUGAUAAACUUGAUUUAGCCAAUGGACUGUUCCAGAAAGCGUCGGAUCAGCAUCUGACCAUCCACCUCCCACACGAUCAUGUUAUUGGUAAGGAGCUUGAUCCGAACACCGAAUCUCAAGUCCUCUCCAGUCAAGAGAUCCCCGAUGGUUGGAGCGGCUUCGAUAUUGGUAUUGAAACUGUUGCAAAAUUUGCUGAAAUUGUGGAUACGGCGAAAACAAUCAUCUGGAACGGUCCGCUGGGUGUGUAUGAGUUUGAACGGUUUGCGAAAGGCACGCUUGAGAUUGCGAGACGGGUUGCCGAAUCGGAAGCGGUCACCAUCAUCGGUGGCGGUGACUGUGUUGCUGCGGUGCAUCAGGCGGGUGUCGCAGAUCGGAUAACACAUAUCUCCACCGGUGGAGGUGCGUCGCUGGAAUUUCUUGAAGGAAAACAGUUGCCCGGGAUUGAAGCAUUGACAGACAGGGGUGAAAAGUAA